AUGGCGGCUCCCGCUCCAGGCCUGGAUACCUCCAGUGCAGAGGCCCGCACUGCCGAAGCUCCGAGUGUGCCUUACGCGUGCUUUGUUUGGGUGCUAGUAGGCUUUUCCCCGAAUCCUAUAGCCAUGAGUUCCAUGCCAAAGAGGGCUUACUCUGUGGGCCCUUGGCCUGUGCAGGCUCCUGCGGAGGUGCUCAACUGGGUGCACUUUGUCAACUUUCCAGGGAAGAAGAUUGUUUUCGGUUAUGCCCUGUCGGAGCUGGGUCCAGUGGGUUUGUCGGCAUUGUUGGUGAGGCGCCAGGAGAGUCAGCCAGGCAAGAAGCACGCAUGUCUCUGGCUGCGGCUAUUGCAUGUUGGUGAUGGAAUGGAGCCACGGCACCCACCCAUGGGUUGGCAACUGCAGCUUUGUGAGCUCAUGGGGGGACAUUGUCAAUUGCCAGGCCCAGGCCUCGUAAUAUGA